GUCUAAAAUAGUCUGCACUCGCGAUACAGGAAGGCAGUUUUACUUUCAGGACAGUUGGGGUGGGUUGUGUAUCUUAUCGAUUAGGUGCAACACAGUGGAAUAGCAUCAUUUUAGACAGAUUUUUAACCCUUAUUUUUAUUUAUUAUUUGCCUGUUGUGUUUAAUCUUCUCUGAAGCAUGCUGCGAAUGAGAGCGGCGCUGUAUCAGUCUUUGAGAAGUUUCAGGACGUUUCCCUGUGCAGCUGUUGAAGUGAAGAAUGAACCCAUCCUGGGGUUUAAGGAGGGGAGCAAAGAGAGGGCGGAGCUACUAAAGGCCCUGCAGGAGCUGAAGGGUAAGACUGAGGAAAUUCCCUGUGUGGUGGGAGACGAGCAUGUCUGGACCAAAGACAUCAGAUACCAGCUGUCGCCCUUCAAUCACUCUCACAAAGUGGCCAAGUUUUGCUAUGCUGACAAGGACCUCCUGAAUCGGGCCAUAUUGGCCUCAGUAGCUGCCCGCAGGGAGUGGGACCUGAAGCCCGUCCAGGACCGAGCCCAGGUUCUCUUCAAGGCUGCUGACAUGAUCAGUGGGCCCAGGAGGGCUGAGGUGCUGGCUAAGACUAUGAUUGGGCAGGGUAAGACGGUUGUGCAGGCGGAGAUCGACGCUGCUGCAGAGCUGAUCGAUUUCUUCCGCUUCAACGCCAAGUACGCCGUGGAGCUGGAGCAGCAGCAGCCUCUGGACAGCGACGGCAGCACCAACACCAUGCUGUACCGAGGUCUGGAGGGCUUCGUAGCCGCUGUCGCCCCCUUUAACUUCACGGCCAUCGGAGGGAACCUGGCGGGGACCCCGGCCCUCAUGGGUAACGUGGUCCUGUGGAAGCCCAGCGACACGGCCAUGUCUGCCAGCUACGCCGUCUACAAGAUUCUGAGGGAGUCCGGCCUCCCGCCAAACAUCAUCCAGUUUGUGCCGGCCGACGGGCCCGUGUUCGGGGACACCAUCACCGCUUCUGAGCACCUGGCAGGCAUCAACUUCACUGGCAGCGUCCCAACCUUCAAGCGGCUGUGGAAGCAGGUAGCCCAGAACCUGGAUCACUACAGGAACUUCCCGCGAGUGGGAGGAGAGUGCGGGGGGAAGAACUUUCACUUCGUGCACAAGUCGGCGGACGUGCGGAGCGUGGUGACGGGGACCAUCCGCUCGGCGUUCGAGUACGGGGGGCAGAAGUGCUCGGCCUGCUCCAGGAUGUACGUGCCGGACUCUCUGUGGCCCCAGAUCAAGCAGGAGAUCCUGGCUUUGCACAAAGAGCUCAAAGUGGGAGACCCUGUGGAUGACUUCAGCACCUUCUUCUCUGCAGUCAUUGAUGACAAGUCCUUUGCCCGUAUUUCAAAAUGGCUGGACCACGCCAAGUCUUCCCCUAACCUGACUGUCAUUGCUGGGGGAAACUGUGACAGCAGCAAGGGUUACUUUGUGGAGCCAACCAUCAUCGAGACGAAGGACCCACGGGACGCUAUCAUGAACGAGGAAAUUUUUGGCCCCGUCCUGACCGUUUACGUGUACCCUGAGAAUGAGUACAAAGACGUGCUGAAGCUGAUCGACAGCACUUCCCCCUACGCUCUGACGGGAGCCGUCUUCGCCCUUGAUAAGAAUGUGGUGGAUGAAGCUGCCAAGGCCCUGCGGAAUGCUGCCGGGAACUACUACGUGAAUGACAAAUCCACUGGGUCCGUUGUUGCCCAGCAACCAUUCGGGGGUGCGAGAGCGUCAGGCACUAAUGACAAGCCCGGUGGUCCAAACUACGUCCUAAGGUGGACCUCUCCGCAGGUUGUCAAGGCGACCCAUGUUCCGCUGACAGAAUGGAAGUACCCCUACAUGGGUUGAGAGGGAACUUGAUUUUCCCCUUUCUCCCCACACCCCCACCCUACCUUGCCUAACCCCAGAACAGCAGUGAACCCCCAUCCUCUUCCGCCUUAUCUUUUCUACCUAUCACUGGAGACACAGAAAAAUGUAUCUACUUGUUACAGGAGCCCACCUUCCUCUGGAACAGAGCUUACACUGACCUGUAGCUGAGCCAGCUAAAGAGGGAGGGGGGUCCACAGUCCCCCAGCACUGCGUGGUACAAAUAUGGGAUGAUGCAGUAUUUAUGAAAAGGGAUCGCUAAUCCAACCUCCUCUCAUUGUGUCUGAGAGGGGAGAAGGAACAGACUCUGCCUGGCUUGCCUGGCCACUGCACUCACCUCAGUGUGAACCGGCACUGAGGUGAGCGGUCUAGCGUGGUUCUACAGACGUAGGACUCCACUCCAGGUAAUGCUGAAGAAGAGCGCCGCUGCUGGCUUGGCUUAGAAACAGGAAGGAAUGUCAACGGGCCGUGCCGUAAACUACCGCUCCGUGCGCCUGGAAAAAUGCUGAAAAACCUGCAGACUUAAGUCAUUUAGCGUCUCACCCUUUGUCCUCAGAAGGUACUCCUGGCUUUUAUAUUAAAGUUUUAACUGUGCCCCUGGCACAACAAUUUUUAAGGUAAAUUGAAGAUGUUACUUAGCCAAGGAAAUGAGGUUAUUUUUGGGAAAAAAAGAAAACUAAAACAUGCGCCUGUAUAUUAAUAUCUUAAUUGGAAGAAACACAUUUGGAAAAGUUGUAUUGUAGCAUUGGACUGCAAAAUGUUGUACUAUCUUUGCUUUUAGAAAUAUUGGCCUUGAGCAGAAAGUUAAUGGUUUACCUCGCUAACCUCACUGCCAAACAGCAGUUUGUUCAGUUAACAUUUUGUCUGGGAGAUGUUGGUUCAUUUUAGGAGGUAGCAGAAUAAAACAUAAAUUCUGUGAUUGGUCCUUUGUUGCUUAAAAUAUUCAAGACUUUUCAGAAGCGUCUGUGUUCAGUGUAUACGUAUUUGUUUUUCAAAGCAAAAUUAACAAAUGGCUUUUCUGAGACAUAUCCUCAUCAGUGCCCUGUGCCUCUCCAACCCUAAAUUUUUAAUUGGUGGAGUCAGGCAUCCUGACCUCUGACCCUUUGCCCCUGGGCUGUGACUGUUGUGGGCGGUUACCUUUUCCACUUUGGCAGACAGCUUACACAUUUACCAUGAUGAUUGCAGCUAUGAUUACUUUAUUAAGCGAAUAAGGAAAGUGGAUUAUGCAGGCAAUGUUACUCAAAUGAAAGUUGCAAAUUAUUUUUAUAUUUGUCCUUUAAACUGCUGAACUUGCUCCCUGAACGGCAAUUUAUUUUCUUAGUUUUAAAAUUUUAAAUUAUGGUUAAUUAACUUAUUCAUCAUAAAGUCAUUUAUUAAUAAAUAAACUAUACAGCAAUGCAAUAUAGUAACUGAACAUGUGCCUGAAUGAAUGAUUCUGAGAUGGGUGAUAUUUGGAAUAUGAAACAUUCUUCUUCAUUUGUUUUAGUAAAAUGACAAAAUGGCUUGGUCAAAUAGUUGUUUUGCUGUGUUAUGUGUCUUUUCUUUGUUUUUAUUAUUAUUGACUGUCCUUUCUGAAUGCUGUUGACAAAUUGGAACAUCAUAAACGUGUGCGUCUUCCUCAGAAAAUAAAUGCUGUUAAUUCAUCACCCUGA